AUGAACGUAGCAAGAAAGCAGCCAUGCAGCAAAUCAGUACCCGAGUCUGAAGUGGUUGAAAUACUCCUCGAUUCCAUGAUCCCAAUACUCAUUGAUUACGAGCGGGAGGCCAACAAGGAGGGUCAAACAGGUGUUCCAUGGAGCGGCUUAUCCGGUAUGAUCACAUCGCACUGUCUUCCCAGUGAUCCCAAUCUUGUGGAACUGUCAUUCGUGGACCGACUCGCAAAAGCGCGAGAUGAGCUUUGGCAGCAACAGCGUAUUCAAAAGGAUCCAAACGUCCUGGAGCUAAGCGCCUGCUGGGCUCGAGGGCUCCCGAUCCAACAUCUGGUUCACAGCUCGGUCUGGCUAUUCCAUGCUAUGAGAAACGGGGAUCAAGCUCCGUUCUUGUCGUCGAGGGCCAAUCAGAUACUUUACAGUCCGAUCACCACCAUAAUGCACCGCAUCACGAAGGACGGUGAUCUUAUUGAUGGAUACGUGGAUAAUCUUCAGUUUAUCAUACGUGCUUUCCUUCAAAAUGAUGAACGAGAAGAGAAAGUUCGUGAUGUUCUACGUGUGUGGGAGUACUAUUCACAGCUAUUAAAGCCGCAUCCAGUUUAUCUUGAAAUGUUCCAAGACUGGUUGGCCAAUAUGAUCCAGAAUCGUGAAGAUAUGCUCGAAGCCACCAAGAUCAUCCGGCCGCCUUCUUUGCCGGUCAGGCUAACAAUAUCGCCUGUGCCUACAGGGUCGGAGAUCAUCGAAUGGGAUCCCCGCGAGGGUAAUUACCCUCCUCCCGACAGAGUCCACAACGAUGAUGAAUUGUUCAAGAGUGAGGAGCCUCGCAACAUACGCUGCACCGUGCUCAACUGCCGCAUGAUGGGAGGGAUACCCUCAGAGGCUCCGUUUGUGAGGGCCAGGAAACCGCAGCCAUUGCCCAGGCCUGUCUCAAUCUGGUCAACUGCAUUAAGGUCACCGUCGCCAGACAGCCAGGAUACCUCAUAUUCUGUACAAGACUCUGUCGUCUUAGCAGCCAUCUUGUUCCUAGAUACGUUUACGAAAACCCCUCGACUUCUGCGAACAAGAUUUCCCGAUGUCGAAUUCCCGCGCUACACCCCCAUAUAUCUGGCAGAUGAAUUCAUCGCUUUCGAGUCUAAGCGGAAUCCCAACGAAGUUUUGGGGCUGCCAAUACGCGUACUGAAAGAUUAUGCAAAGAAAGUUCCUUCGCAGAUCUUACACGAUCUGAUCUGGUCAUUUUUGGAUACUUUGAAAGCUGAGCCGAAUGCUCCAAUGUAUUCAAAACUUCUGUUCGCCACGUUGGAUCUGAUUGAAAUCCUGCUACGUACCGACAAACCGCAGCUUGCAAUUAACUUGCUGAUUCGAUUGUGGAUGGAGUUUGCAAACGAAUCAUCUCUUCAUCGAAAAUUAAGCCUUGUGAAGCUUGGACGUAUUCUUACCCCAGACCAGGCAGGUGAAAUGAUGCGGGGACUCGCCAGUCGUGUCUGUGAUGCAUUGCAAGCCCAGGAUCAACAGGGUGAGAAAAUGGCGAAGGGGGAGGACAAGCCAUUUGUCAAGGUUACCACGGCAAAGAUGCUUGCGCAGGCUUUAGCUGAGGCAGACUUUCUUUCGCAGUCUGACCAGAUGAAUAUUCUGCAACAGAUGUUCAACUCAAGCCGCCACAUCGAUAUUCGGAGUGCAAUUGUUACUUCACUCUUGGGGCUCGUCGAAAAUAGUGACAAUGAUGAGCCGUACAAAGUCUUCACAUCGAUAUCCGCCUCGGUUGCAGGUCCAAAUGAGCGAGCCAAGACAACUGAAGCCGAAUGGGAUCUGGCCGAGAACCAACGGGGUCCACUGCCCUAUGUUGCCCCAGUUUCUGAACGACCAUUACUGGAUUUGAUGGUCUCUACUGCCGCUUUCAAACUCCCGGAAAGGCUACGGUCAGACUACGUGCGGAAUGUAUUGCUACCUCUGCUGCAGGAUUCCACUGCGCAGCAUACGAGAUGGAUGGCGGCAAUGAGUGCUCGAUUGGGAUGCUCCAUCACCGACCUGAAUAUCACAGAUCAAGAGAUUGGGCCCUUUGUACCAGAUCUACCAGAUAGAAUCCUUUGGGGAUGGACCAGAUAUCUCCCCGGGUCAUAUCUUGAGCAGUGCCACCGCCCCUGGAGUCUGAGCUUCCUCGGUGACGGUGCCUUCAGUAGCCUUGACAAGGCGCUUGCAGCGACCGAUGACCAAGCGCUGAAGCACAUCAACGUUCGUGACCAUUGGGAUAGGCUUCUCAAGUCCCGACGGGCUCGACCUGCUCUAUACAAUCUUAAUCGUCUCCUCGAUUCGAUCGGCAGCACUGGCACGAACGUGUCAAAUGGGUUGAAUACCACACUGGUUCUUGAGGAAUUCGCUAUUCGUGCGGAGAGCAUCAUCAGGAACCCUGUCAAAUAUAGCGAGACUUUGAAAAAGUAUACAGUGUGUCCGAACUCUGUAGUGGAACCGUUGCGAGCCCUCCGAAAUAGCCGAGUGCAAACCAGGAAUUCCGCCGCCAACCAGGCAACGAUAUACAACGAGAUAACAGAUGUGAUGAGACGGAUGGUUGAUGUUGUUGAAACUGUCCGCAAAGAAGGAUGGUCAACCACGCUGACCGCUUAUCCUGCAACUUUACCCUCUACAUUCGAAUUCGAUCUUCUCCUACUCCCUUCUCCGAUCUAUAUCCCAACUGCUACCGAGUCUAAUCCAGCGUUGGAUUUGUUCACGUCCGCACUUGUUGAUUUGAUCAGAAAGUACGCUUGUGACCCUAGAUUACUGUUAAAGCUGGAUGCUUUCAAACCGGUUAUGCAAGAGAUCCCUCUGGCCACCCUGAAGAGAUGUUCAUUGCGUCUUGGUCGUUUCACCCAACCUGAGGAAGAUGGUCUGAUUGUUACUUGCGUCAGGGUCAAGUUGGCACAUUUGUUAUUGGAUCGCGUUCGGCCCAACCGUCCGCUGUUUGACGUUGAUAUGCUUGAAAUGAUCGACGAGUGGAAGAAGAGCGACGUGGAACUCGUGCGGCAAAUUGGAUGGGAAUGA